GGAUAGUCUCAGAGCGAGUCAAAUGAAGACGCGCAAGACAGAGGCGCUAAUGGAGCGCAAGGGCGGGAAUCACGGGAGAGCCAAGCAUAUCCGGGCUUGGACGAUCAACAACACGACAGGGUUCGCCUGGCUGCUUGCGCUUGUGUCCAUCAGCUCCUGCCUGCGCCUCACAGCCAUGCUCACUGCCCACUCUGCUGAGUUGGUCCUUAUACACUCCAGACGCCCUGUCGAUUGCACUUCUGCUCUCUUUCCGCUGCACUGUGUCUCUCCGGGCGAGGGCGCUUGUUGUGACAAUUGAAACCGCGAGCCUGCACCAAAACAUUCGACGUCUGUUUGCCAGCUACAUCCCUCGUCGCCUGCCGUACCGUAUCUCAAAAGCACCGCAAUUGUGCGCCGGAGCUGUCGGAUAUUUUUGGUGUGCGUUCGAAUGCAAUAGUGCACCAUGGAGGACUGGACAUCGAAACAGCUCCCUGAGCGCCUGCCCUUCUCCAAGAAGCGGCUGCCCAAGCGCGUCAUCUUCUCGUACAUUAUCGACUACCUUAUCAUAGUGGUUCUCAUUGGCGUCUUCACCAUCAUCGACAAAGUACCGCCAUUUCAUCAGCAUUUCUCGCUGCAGAACUACACCCUCCACUACCCAUUCGCCGAAAAGGAGCGCGUGCCUGUCCCGCUGCUAUGCAUCAUCGUCGUUGGCGGCCCAAUGGUCAUCAUUGCAUUCUACACACUCGUCCUUGAUGGGCUGUUCUCACACCAAACCCCCAUGCCUUCUGGCAGGGCGGGCGUCAAGCGUCUGAGCGGCAGGUACAGGCUCAAGGAUCGCCUGUGGGAGCUGAACUGCGGCAUUCUCGGUCUUGGACUGAGUGUGGGCGCCGCCUUUACAAUAACGGGCGCAUUGAAAAACGCCAUAGGAAAGCCGCGACCAGACCUCAUUGCCCGAUGCAUGAUUAAAGAUGGCGUGAAAAUCAACCUGGAGAGUCUGGAACUCGUGACCAUCGAUAUUUGCACGCAGACCAACAACUACAUCCUGCAGGACGGAUUCAAGAGCUUUCCGUCUGGACACAGCAGUGUCUCAUUUGCUGGGCUGUUCUACCUCUCUCUCUAUCUCGCCGCGAAACUGCACGUUCUGGACGCCAAGGGUGAAGUUUGGAGGACAUUUAUCGUCAUGGUCCCGACCCUUGGCGCUGCUCUCAUCACCGGCACGCGUAUUAUGGACGCUCGUCACCACCCAUUCGACGUUCUCUCUGGCGCCAGUUUGGGCAUACUUGUAGCAUGGGCUGCCUACCGACAAUACUUCCCUCCGGUUUCCGAGACAUGGAAGAAGGGACGUGCGUAUCCGAUUCGUGCCUGGGGUCGUGGACCCGCUCCCCCACCCGCUCCUCAGAUCAUGGCCGACGAGGACGUUCAGCCACUACGACAAAUGGGCAGACCAUUAGGCCCGAUCGAUGAAGAGCGUGGAGAAGCAACUGGUAUUGCGGUCACUACAGACGAGCAUAGUGGAAAUGUUUUCCGACAGCAGAUUUCGAACUCUCAACGGAGACGCCAGGCGGAUGCACCUGAGGGAGUAGAUCGCAGCAACACAUUGGCAUCCAGCAACUACCGCUCGGACACACUAGGCUCGACCUACCGAUCUAACACUAUAGAUUCCUCGCUCUCUACGAAGGUCAACCGAUACCAGAAUGAGAUGCCAACGUCGAAUCCAUUCGCCGCAGGUCAAGCACGCCAGCGCCGAAUGGAGUCUUAUGACUACUCUUCCUCCGAAGACGACGAGCCCUACGAGCUUCAACCGACCGGUGGAGCAUAUAACCCUGUCUCAGGACGCUUGACAGAUACUGGCUACCAUCCACCGCAAGGAAUUUCACCGAACCCCACACCCCCACCUCCACCAGUGAACACGUUCGUUCCACCUAACCUUAACACAAUGUCGCCCACUGGAGACUUGAGCGAUAGGAGAGAUAUUGGUCCACCUCCACCGCCGCAUGCUGCAGGCACAACACCUCAGCAGAUUUGAGACAGCAGAAGUACCAGAUGAUUUCAGCGAUUUGAUCUCAACUCAAAUAUACCCGUAUGGUUUGCUUCCGUGGAAGCAUUGACGGGACUAUCACGGAUGUAAUGACAUCACACUGGGACGCUCCAACAAUGAGCGAGGAGCAAGGCGUUCUUGUAAAUUGACGUUCAGGCCUGCCGAGACAGCCUCCACUACGAAACUGGCAACGUGGACCGUAUAGUAUCAUGUAUCAAAUUAUAUGUAAUACUCGAAGACCUUGUGUGGUGAAUUUGGCUGACAACAAACGGACUGACGUAGAAACAGCUAGCGCGAAAUGGGC